AUGGUCAGCUCCUGUUGUGGCUCUGUCUGCUCUGACCAGAGCUGUGGCCAAGGCCUCUGCCAGGAGACCUGCUGUCAACCCAGCUGCUGCCAGACCACCUGCUGCAGGACCACCUGCUGCCGCCCCAGCUGCUGUGUGUCCAGCUGCUGCAGGCCACAGUGCUGCCAGUCUGUGUGCUGCCAGCCCACCUGCUGCCGCCCCAGCUGCUGCCGCCCCACCUGCUGUCGCCCCAGCUGCUGCAUCUCCAGCUGCUGCAGACCUUCUUGCUGUAUCUCCACCUGCUGCCGCCCCAGCUGCUGCCAGACCAACUGCUGCAGGACCACCUGCUGCCACCCCAGCUGCUCUGUGUCCAGCUGCUGCAGGCCCAGCUGCUGCCAGUCUGUGUGCUGCCAGCCUACCUGCUGCUGCCCCAGCUGCUGCAUCUCAAGCUGCUGCCAGCCCCAGUGCUGCCAGCCCACCUGCUGCCAGCCCACCUGCUGCCAGCCCCAGUGCUGCCAGCCCACCUGCUGCCGCCCCUGCUGCUGCCUGCGUCCAGUCUGUGGCCGGGUCUCCUGCCACACCACUUGCUAUCGCCCAACGUGCGUCAUCUCCACCUGCCCCCGCCCCCUGUGCUGCGCCUCCUCUUGCUGCUGAGCCCACUGCUCUAGGCCCACCUCUUCCUUCACCUCUGUCUCCACAGACAUAGACCCUUCUUUUGUGCCGACCAUUAGGACACAUGGAGUCUGGAGGACAUCACUGCAUGGGAUGGACUCAUGUUUCCAAUGAGCCCAUCGCCAUCCCGCUGGCUCUGUGAGAACAUUCUGGUUCAUCUUAAACUCCCUCUCUUGCUUUCUUUCCCUUCCAAUGAUGGCACCGAAUAUAAAUUAAUCUGUAAUCCACUAGCUAAGAAAUUAUUCCAAUCCUCUAAAUUUCUCAUUCUCCUUAUCACUUUGGGGCUCUAGACUAUCCUUCCCAGAAAGGUAGACA